UAUGCCGUGCCACGGUCCAACCACCUCUGGCAUUUGGAUGGGCAUCACAAGCUUAUCCUCUGGGGAAUUGUCAUCGAUGGGCUUAUUGACGGUUACUGUCGAACAGAAAGUUACUUUUUCAACAAUUUAAUAAAUUCGCUGAUCUCAAAUUUAGAUUGUAGCUCUUCGAGCAAGUAA